UGUAUAACUUAAUCUAUAUCGGUAUGCGAUGUACACAUCGACAAGCAUAAGCAUGUUCAUGCUCACCUCAAGAACGAGGAAAAGAAAGAAGAGAAGAACAAAAUUGGAACCGAGUGAGCUAGAACCAGCAGCCAAUUGGACUAUUUAUCUCGAGAUAUAGCGAUUCGGUCUGGAGCAGGCAUUGGCGGAACCAUUUGCCGCCCGAACAGGGACAUUUUUGGGAAAUGGAAAACAUAACAUUACGCGAACAGUUACUUAAAUUUGGCAAUACUUGCAAAUGUGAUACUGGAAAUGAAAAUGAAAACAAAAAAAAACAUGUUGAAAUCACAUCGAAGGUAAAAUAUUCUAACAGAAGAAUCACUACUUCCACCUUGAAGAAAAAUGUCGCUGUACUGUUUGCCAUGGCUUUUAUGGUAACUUUGAAUGCCGGCCAUUUUCAUUCAUAUCUUAACAAGCCGUCUUUAAUGGAAAGCAGUAAUGUAUUGGAAAGUUCAGAAAAACAUUUAAAUCUUUCUGGUCGCCGAUUACUCUGGGUUGAAACACAGGAAAAACAUAAUGAAAAUCGUGUCUCAAGUACGCGUGUAUCGGACCAGACAAUGGUUCCGCCUCUUUAUUUUUUAAGUCGGGACAGGCGCAACCAGAAUGUUAAUUCAAAAAGUAAUACCAGUAAGUCAUCUAAAACUUACUCAUCUAAUAAACCUCCACCUUCAGCCUAUUCAACAAUACCACAAUGUACUGGCAUUUGCAACCCGUCUCACUCUUUUAUCAAUCAAUCUAAAUACCUUAGGCUCGCCGAAACUUUACAUAAAUGGACUAGCGGGAAUUUGAACGAGUCAUCAAGUUUUACCAUUGGCAGAGAAAUGUCACCCGGAUUUAAAUUAUCAGAUGACUACUUUGACUUAAAUAGUGCAAUACAUACUAAACGAGGAAAGCGUAAAAUACACUUCAAUGAUUUAACUUCUCAUUUACAGCACAAACAAAGAAAAUUGGAUGAAAACAAAAAUAAUAAGUUGCACAAUCAACGCGAACAAAUUAAUUUAAUUAGUGUCAUUAAACGAAGAGAUGAUACUUUUUAUGUGCUUUCCUUUAAUAUGGAUCACGUACUUCUGCCAGCAUUGAAAUACAAUAGUAGUGAACGACCAAAAAUGUCUUUGGUACUUCCGUUAGAAAAUCCCGGUCUAAAUGGGGGUAUUAAGUUGAUGCAGGUGGACUGUGAAGUAUUUAAUACUAAGGAAUUCGAGGUAAAGCCACAUAUGAUUCCAGUUAGUCUUCGACCAAACUUUAUUAAACGGAAUUUAAAUGCACAAAGAUUUAAAAGAGGGGAUAUUCAGACGGAUGUCAAACCUCUACACGAGAAACCACGAGUGCGAAAUUUUUAUAUGGUUGGACCAAAAAACCAAGCAGCCGCAACUGCAACCAAUGAAAACACACAAUUUAUUCAGAUUAAUCAUUCUACAAAUAAAAAUAAUAGUCAAAUGACCCUGCCCAGCCUGAAUGAUCGAACUCGUGACUUGGUGUCGCCUUCCUUCAUAAAACCUAAAUAUAAAAAUUAAUAAUAAAUACGUUAUAACUUUCGAUAAUUAAGAUGUUGAAUUAAGAUGUGAAAUUAAUUUCACAUAAUCUAGAUUUUUAGUUAAGUAUUCUAAUUACCUUUUUUAUAUUUUGGACAUAAUCUAUUGUAUCAAAACUAAAAUUAGAGUUAAAUGAGUUUUAUAUAAUAUGCCUAUUAAUAAAGUUUAAAUGUUAAGAAAAUUUUAAAAGACUUAACUAAUUAUAAAUCCUGACUUAAUGAGCAGAUUGAAAUAAACCAAUAACAUGCGGUAACUUUCAACGAUCGACAUCGAUUUGCUAAUGCCAGUAACAAAAAAUCUGCCCAUGUCUUUUGAACCAUGGUAUACGCUCACUUAACACUCACUAGGAAUAUGUGGUCGAUAAACUAUAGAAUUUUAAAGUGUAGUCAAUCUGUGCAACUAGCCCCUAAGGAAAGUACCCACGUCCUCAAUAUAGGCCCGUGGUGAUCACUGGCUUCCACUGAAUUCUGGCGAAGAAGUGCUAU